GUCGGUCGUCACGUGAUCAGACACGGAAGUAUUUAACCGAGUGGCGCGAGCUUUUCCGAAGACGAAAUUCUUCCUUGUUGACCAUCUUCUCUCAUUAGCAACUUGAGGUCGACAAGAUGAGUUACGGUGCUAAAGUAAGACAGGGCCAAGCCAAGAACAACGAGAACGCUAAAGUGAACCUCAAGAGUUUUUUAUCUCAAACACCGAAGACCACAAUGAGUUCUUCCAGGCCGAAGCUGCAGGUCCUACAGCCCUUGGCCGUCAACAGCGAUUUGGGGAAGACCACACAGGGCGUCAUCCCCAAGCGUAAACAGUGGCUGGCCCAGCAAGAUAGAGGCUUGAAAAGGGUGAAGGUGGAAGUGAAAUCAACACAGACCGAAAAUGUUUCCACUUUAAACAACGAAGCCUACGAGCUCAUGAUCAAAGAAACUCCUCCUCCUGCUUACUGGAAAGAAGUGGCAGAAGAGCGUCGCAAGGCUUUGUUCAAUGUUCUCCAGGAGAAUGAGAAACUGCACAAAGAUAUCGAGGCCAAAAACGAGCAGAUCACUCGACUGAAGAGCGAGAACGACGAACUGCGCGAGCUGGCCGACCACGUACAGUACAUGGCUGACAUGAUUGAGAGGCUGACUGGGAAGGGACCAAACAACCUGGAAGAAAUCAAGGGUCUUGCACUGAAUGAAGAUGAAGAUGAUGAACAUGAUGUGGCAAAGGAGGAAGAAGCUGAAACUGAUGAGGAAGAUGAACCUGAGGAGGAUGAUUGCAGUCCAGGAGAAGCUGAGGAACAAACUUGAGACAAGAGGACUCAGUAGAAGCU